AUUACAUGCGUGUAAGCAUACACUACAUUCGUGAAAAAAUGGCAGCUGACGAUUAGAGAAAAGUGUGUGGAUCUUCACUCGAAAAAAGACGGUACUUAUAAAAGGAACCCGGACAUCGAGGAAACGGUCACCAGUGGUCGUCGUCAUAGUAGUGUCACCAUUGGUCAUCAGGCACGAUGGGAAAGACUCCGAUAAAGGAUCAGAAAGAUGGUAAAAAAGAGAAACUGGGAAGGACAGUUCCACCAACAGGUACAACUCCUGCAGCAACAAAAGAUGCUUUCAGCUGGGAGGAAUAUCUGAAAGAAACGUCAGCCAUACCGGCUCCACCAAGCUGUUUCCGUCAGGCCAGAGUUCCUCCCUCCAAUGACUUCAAGGUGGGAAUGAAGCUUGAAGCUCAUGACCCGCGAAAUUCCACCUCCGUCUGCAUUGCCACAGUGAUGGGUUUAACCGGAGUGCGUCUGCGUCUCCGUCUGGAUGGAAGUGAUAACAGCAAUGACUUCUGGAGGCUGGUUGACUCGUCUGAUAUCCAGCCCAUUGGCACCUGUGAGAAGAACGGAGACAUGCUGCAGCCGCCGCUGGGAUUUCGGAUGAAUGCCUCCUCAUGGCCCAUGUUUCUGUUGAGAACAUUAAAUGGAGCAGAGAUGGCACCAGGGACCGCCUUUAAAAAGGAACCUCUGAGGCCCACACAGAACUUUUUCAAGCCAGGCAUGAAGCUGGAGGCUGUGGACAAGAAGAACCCGUACCUGAUCUGUCCGGCCACCAUUGGAGAAGUGAAGGGCGACGAGGUCUUUAUCAUGUUUGAUGGAUGGCGGGGGGCCUUUGAUUACUGGUGCAAGUACGACUCCAGGGACAUCUUCCCUGUGGGCUGGUGCUCCCUCACCAAACACAGCCUGCAGCCUCCUGGCAACAGUGUUACGCUGCCAAAGAAUCUACAGAUCCUCCCAGCAUCCCCCUCCAAGCCCAACAGGCGCUCCAUGCAGUCCCCCUACAGACUCCCCAACCCUCUGCCGCCCCUGCCUGUCAGAAAGGGGGUGAGAGGCCGUCGGCCAAAGAGUGAGACCAUCGCUCUGCUCAAAGCUGUGGCCGAGGCCGCUGCUGCCCAGAAUGGGACUGUUCCUGAAAACACACAGUUGGUCCCCCGGACCCACAAGAAGAGAGGGCCCAAACCUGGGAGCAAGAGAAAGCCCAAGAUCCUCCCGGGCCCAGCGCAGCUGACCAGCAUCCAGGUCCCUCAAGAAAGCCCCUCCAGCCACAACUCUGUGGUUUCAACAGUUUGUGUGUAUGUGAACAAGCAUGGGAACUGCGGUCCCCACCUGGACCGGAAGCAGAUGCAGCGUCUGCCAGACCACUUUGGCCCAGGUCCAGUGAAUGCCGUGCUCCAGCAGGUGGUGCAGUCGUGUAUAGACUGCGCAUACCAGCCAAAAGUCCUUCUCAGCGCUCUGCAGACCCACUCAGGAGGAGGAGAGGUGGUCAGAGUGAGGACAGAUGGUGGAGUCCGCAUGGUCAAACUCCCAUCAGCCUCCAGUGCUUCCUUCGUGCUGCGGUUCUUGGAGACGAUGUGUCGUCAUCUGCAGUGUGACAACUUGUUCAGCAGCCAGCCGUUCAGCCACUACACCGCGUACGACAGGACCAAGUCUGUGAAAGAAGAGGCGUUGGAUGCUCCGUCUCUGGCUCGUGGAAGUAAACGGAGUCUGUCUGGUGUCUCCCCACCUUACGCAGCCCCUCUGUCACCUAAACAUCUACGUACUGAAGCUCAUCCUUCAGAAGCAGAGACUCUGCCUCAUGAAGAGAAUGGUCACAUAAAAGAGCAGCGUUACAUGGACUCCGCCUCCAACUCCAUGACCCCCCGGCCACAAACAGCUCGCAGCUCCUCAGAGUACCACUCUCAGGCCAGCAGCCUCUACCACACUGGCAACGCCACAUCCAUGCGCCGCCUCUCCUCCAACCCCGGAGAGCUGAGCUCCACACCGCCUCUCAGACGAGCAGAAGCAGCCAGCUCCACCACCGGUCCUGAGGCUUUGGGGUCUGAGCGGGAGAGUCUGCAGCUACCCAGUAAGAACCCGUCGUCCUGGUCCAUCGAGGAGGUGAUGCAGUUUGUGAGGGAUGCUGACCCAACAGCAUUAGCUCCACACGCUGAACUGUUCAGAAAACAUGAGAUCGAUGGGAAAGCUCUGAUGCUGCUGCGGAGCGACAUGAUCAUGAAGUACAUGGGUCUGAAACUGGGGCCAGCACUGAAGCUCUGCCAUCACAUAGAUCGACUUAAACAAGGCAAACUGUAAGAGCAGCCCGUGUGUUCCUGUCCCGUUCAGACCCAUGAGCAAUAAACCUCGACAGAGCCGGACUCAUGGGGCCACAGGGGCCACAUGUUAACUCUGACUGAUGUUACAACUUCCUCCUGACUUCCAGAGCGGAGAAAGUGUGCCGUGCAGUGCUGACACAUUACCUCAUCCCCUCAUCAGUGAAACACUCUCUGAAAUCCCAAAGGAAAGAAUCCCUGCAGUGUUUACAUUGCAUAGCACACGUGGACACGCUUUUUUUUUUACGGAGAUGAAAUCUUGAUCCUGGUUUUGGAUCCCCCAAAGAUGGAGAAUGUUUCUUCUUAUAUAAUGUUUUUAUUAUUGUCCAAUUUCCACUUAUCAAGGAAUGGUUGGUAUACUGAAAAAGACAAAUCCGUCAGAUGUUCUUCCCCAAGAGAAUCUGGAUGCUCUCUCUGUUUAGCUGUUUUCACUCUUCAAGCACGCCUCAAGUGUGGGUGCAUCCGACAGACGCUUUCAUUCGCUUGAAUCAUGACAUUUUAACUGAAGCUCACAUUCUCCACCAGUGUCCUGCAGGAUCAUGCUCUGCUGUGUGGCACGUUGUUUUAGUACUGUGUCUUAGUGGACGCUCCGUUGCCUCCCACCAGCCCACACACGGCUCUCAUCAUACUCCCAAGUUCCAGGCUCGUCCAUUUCAACAGACAGAUUGUUAAAGACAUGCAAACAGACAUUUCUAAGGGCUUUCUUUGUUUGGGUUUCACGUAAUAUUUUUAAUCAUGUAAGGGCCUGUAUCCACAGAGCGCUUUUUUUCAGGUAUGCAGAGCAUCUGCAGUAAGAGUAAUUUGGUUUGUUUCUAAGAUAGGGUUUGGCUGCGGUAUGCUUUCAGUUGUACAGCAGAUUUGUUGUAGUAUCUUUUUGUCAGAGGCUGUUUUCCCUGUGAGCAUGAACACAAAGAUGCAGCCUGUUGUGCUUUUCAGGUUUCCUGAUGACUAAAAGCAUUCACAGCUGUAGAGCUAGAGAAGGUGUCCAUGAAAAGUUCAAGAAUAUUGCCAAUUCAUCCCAUAGCUCCAUUCAUGCUCAUAUCUUUUUUACUAAGAAAACUUUAAUCAUGCAUCUACUUUCUGCAGCUUCAUCAGGAACCAUUUAACAAUGGCAGCAGACUAGGCAAGUCCCAGACAUCCCUCUCCCUGGGGAAGUGCUCUCAUGCCAUCUCCCUCUGGAUGUCCAAACACCUCCCCCUAUCUCUUGGGCUGAACCCAGAUACCCUUGAGAGGAAACUUACUUCGACCAUUAUCCAUGGCCAUUACCUAAAGGUCAUGACCAUCAGUGAGGAAUGUAGAUUGACUAGUAAACUGAAAGCUUUGCUUUUUGGCUGAGCUCCCUCUUCCCCACGACAUUCCAGCACUCCAGUCCGUCUGUCAGUCCCCUACUCCAUUUUACCGUCUUUCUUUCAUUUAAGGUGGAAAGUAUUUUUUCAGAAAAAUUAAAAUAUUUGAUUAAAUUUAGAUCGAGUAAAGUGUAUUUCUCACAUUUCAAGUCAAAAACAUCUCAUCACACUUGGCUGAAAAAGUCCAGGUAAACAUCAGUGUUUCCCACACAAUUACUAUAAUUGGGUGAGCCACCAAAGUGUAUUUGCUGAUCUUUUUUUUUUUUUUUUUUAACACUGAAAA